AUGAUAGACCACGUCUUGGGAAGGCCCUCGACCAGAUUUCGCAAAUUCCAGGUUUUUGCGGUUGUUUCGUUCUGGUCUCUCUACUUGCUGCGAGGAAACAAGCAUGGACCACCGCUUCUUCGCACAAUCUCCGCCCGCUUCGCGAAUAAAUUGACAACUUGGCAGACAACAACCAUAAUCUUUCUAUGUCUGUAUGUCAGUCGCAACUUCGCCAAGAUCGUCGGACUCGAGUGCCCAGAACCACUAGCCAACCUUUACUCUCGAUCCUUUUUUCGAGCAACAUGGAUCACAACUGGUCUUGAUGCUGGCUUUUGGACAGCAAUGUCCAUCAAGCCAAAGUGGCUGCGAGAUAUCGCCUCAUUGGUGUUUACUGUCUACUACUUGAUUGCAGCGGAACAUGCGGACGAAAAGGUGCGCCGGGUUCGGGCAACCCUUACCCUGGAACAUAUGCGUGUCUCAUGGAAUAAAGCCACCAGUCCUUACCUGUGGGCUAUGGCGAGUUUGAUCCGCCCACGAAUGACUAGGUACUCUCCACGGGCUAUCCGCAUUCCCCGGCCGAAGCAAUCUGUGCAUAGCGACCCCGUUAGCGCAUGGCUAUAUUUUGAUGGACCUUUGAGCGCCCUGAAAGACCAGUCAUGCAUUGUUCUAGAUGUACCUGGUGGUGGCUUUGUUGCCAUGGGACCCCGAAACUCCGAAGACAAACUUUUAUCAUGGGCGGGACAGUUGAAAGUGCCAGUUCUCAGCAUCGAUUACAAAAAAGCACCUGAAUAUGCCUACCCAUAUGCCCUGCAUGAAUGUUACGAUGUCUAUCAUACUAUCGUAUCUACGAAUGGACGUUGCGUCGGACUGAGUGGAGUGACCCGCCCACGAAUCGUUGUGACAGGUGAAAGCGCAGGCGGAAACCUGGCGGUUAGUAUGACUUUGAUGAUUCUCCAGUCCUCGGCAGCUCAAGGCUGGCGUAGUGAAGAUGUUCUCUCUAGACCAGAUGGGCUAGUAUUGGCUUAUCCGGCACUAAAUGUGAAGGUGGAAAGCUGGAUGACGGACGAACAGAUGGCUUUGAUUCAGGAUAAGAGUUCUCGUCAAAAGAACCCAAGUGUGCUACAGCAAAAGCAAGAUCAUUACCGAAAGCUCACUCCAUUCACCUCGCCAGGUCAUUCCGUUGAAGACUUGACCGCCAUAUCUCCCCCUAAGCAGGUGGAUGGUCAAGAGGAACCCAACAUAGCAUCCGAAGCAGCCAAGGCCCUUCGCGAAAAAUUAAAAAAAAGCGAGGACCUCAACGGUGAAUCCAAAUUACCGACAGACGGGGGGAUCCAACCGCUCAAGACUCGACUGGCAGUGUCAUCAAUGAUCUCCUACGUGCAUGAUCGAAUUCUCACCCCGGAAAUGAUGCGUGCGAUGAUUAUUUUGUACAUUGGGCCGCAUCAGCGACCAGACUUUAACACUGAUUUCCUUCUUUCUCCAGUCCUUGCCCCAGACGCAUUACUUGCCCGAUUCCCUAAGACCUAUAUCUUUACUGGUGAGCGUGAUCCCCUAGUGGAUGACACUGUCAUUUUUGCCGGUAGACUGCGCCAGGCAAAACUGCAGUACUUCCAAGAGCGCCAAGAUCUUGGGCUUGAAAAAUCUCGUCGCCAAUUUCGCGAAAAGGAUCAUGUGGAGGUAUCCUUGAUCCCUGGAGUCUCGCAUGGUUUUAUUCAAAUGGCGGGAUUUUUCCCAGAUGCGUGGAAAUACAUCAAGCGCAGUGCAUCAUGGAUUGAGACUCUGUUUGAGACAGCCGAGCUACAUGAAUCCGAGUACAGUCUUCUUCAGAUGUCCGGUAGCUCCAGAAUGAACGCAUCCACCAGAUGGAAAGGCUCAAACAAGCCCACUGAACACGCGAAAGCUUACCACAAAUACCAUCAUCGUCAUCUGACAGGGGAGUCUUCCGCAGAUGAGGACAGACCACUUGAGAUAGGCAUGACCAAGAUGUCUUCCUUACCACUAUCCACGCCAGAUCUGGCAGUCCUUCCGAAAAAUCCCCGGUUUUCAAAACGUCGACUGGCUGGGUUCACGAGCUUGGAGAAUGAGCCGGCGCCUGAGGCAGAAAGCGGUUUUCUGGCGAGACUCAAGCACCUGGAUAGGAAGUACAAUUAUCAUGAUGAUAUCGACCCAGAAGACAUAAACAGCGCCCCCGAAAGCCCUUCCGCUUUCCGUUCCCGGCAUAGAAGUAUCUCAUCGCUCGGCAGCGAGGAGGACAUACUGGACCGCCGCAUGAACGGUAUAGCUGGCGGACUGAUGGGAUUAGGAGAGGGGGCACAGACACCGGGGCCAUGA